UUGUGUUUCAAAUAAGAAGAGACCAAUUCCAUGUUGGAGAGACCAAUUUACAAAUUCCUUCGACGGAUUUUCCCAGGAAAACCCUUAGAAAAUCCUAAAUUCUCCCAUUUUCUCGUCAUCCAAACAAGAAGAUGACUGGUGACAUGAAGGUUAAUGGUGGUGAGAUUGAUGAGAGCAAAGUCAAAGCGCCAAACAUGUUUGAACGGGCCAAAGAGGAGUUCGAUGCUGUUGUUGGGGCUGUUCAUCAACGCAAGAGUUCCAAGGACGAGUCUGAUCAAAUGGAAUUCAAAUCCGAGAAACCAGAAGAUGAGAAUAAGAAACCGAAUAUGAUGAGAAAGGCCAAGGAGGAAAUCAAAUCUCUGUUCCAUUCCAAGGAGAAACCUCGUCAUCAGAAAGAAACUCAUGGAAGGAGUGAUGAUAUCGAUGAGAACACACAUGUAGAUGAAGUGAAGGCUCCCAAUGUUUUCGAGAGAGCCAAGGAAGAGAUCGAGGCCGUCAUCGACACCAUCCAUUCCAAGAAGAAGGAGACUGACGGUUCUUAUUCUCCUAAGCGUUCCCGGUCUGUCUCACCGGAGAAGGAGAGAGCUGGAUUCGGAUGCUCUCUUGGAAAGGGGCUGGAAAAGAUUUGUGCUCCUUGGGGGAAUAAUAAAAACGAUUGAGUUAUAUUCAUUUUGACUGAUGAUCAUGAACUUGUUUGCUAAUUGUUGUGAACAAACUUUGGUUGAGUUUCAUUGAGUUUGUUGCUUUGUAGGCACUGAAUUGUUACAUUAACAGACUUUGUUCAUAUUUAAGCCUCGGUCCUUCUACCUUGUUUCUGGAUUUAUACGCACUA